AUGCCUUUUGGAACUCUCUCCGUCAGCGCCAAUGCGGUGCCUCAAUUUGCUCCUCCAUACACGUUGGAUACUCAGCACUUCAGUGAUGUUACCCUCCUCAAGAUUUCCUACCGUGUCACCUCCGCGAGCAUUCGUCAUUUGGUGCCAGAUGUACUCGAGCUGGAAGAUGAGCCAUUGGUCUCUGCCAUGCUAGUCGACUAUGGCAUGAGCACUGUCGGCGCAUAUAAAGAGUAUGUCCACUCUGUCGAUGUGAAUUAUAAAGGCAAAGCCUUCACAUAUUGUCUCUCUUUGAUCCUGAACAACGAAUCUGCCAUCUUCUGCGGCCGUGAGCAAUACGGCUAUCCUAAGCGUUUCGGGCAGGUUUCCCUCAAUAUAGACACUGGCUCACACAUCUUACGGGGCCAUGUCGAGAGACCAGUGGGACAAAUGCUUGCCAACUUUAAUUUCGCACCCUCGACUCUCCUUCCCGCUGUAUCUCAGACUAUCCCGGGAUUGAACCUUCGCGUAAUCCCCUCGCCACUGGCAAAUCACCCGCCAUCGGUUAAGGAGCUGGUGCCUGCGAUCAUGGAUAUCACACCGAAGGAAGUUUGGCUUGGGUCUGGAUCUGUCUCCUUCCCGGAACCUUCCGUCUUUGAUCCUAUGCAUGAACUGGAAAUUCUCCGUUACGAGCCAGCUGUGCUGAUCCGUGGAGCAAGCUGUGUGCUAAACAUGCCUACUGAGAUUUUUCAAUUGUAA